AUGGAUGAACAAAUUGUGGAUCUGCGUGAACGUGAUGCACAGUUGCAGCAACCCAUUCAAAACCACGAAGUACAUCGGGUAUCUAUAAAGUUGCCACCAUUUUGGUUGGUCAAACCUCGUUUAUGGUUCCUUCAGGCAGAAUCCCAAUUCACACUGUCCAACAUCGUAAACGAGAUAACCAAAUUCCAUCAUGUUGUGUCUCAAUUGGACCAACGCACGGCAGCCGAAGUUGAGGACGUUAUUGUGAACCCUCCUCCGUUCAACCCAUACACGUUGUUCUUAAGCGACAAGAUUAUUGAACGUUUAUCCGCGUCCGAGGAGCAACGCAUUCGACAGCUCAUCAGUACGGAGGAGCUCGGCGACCGCGAACCGUCACAGUUUCGCCAUCUCCGCUCUCUGGCGAAUGCUGUUUUCCUCGGCGUCAAUUACAACGAUGUUCUCCUGUGA